AUGGGCGGACGGGCUCCGGAUGAAAAAGCACCCGCGGCCAGCGAGGCACGCGGGGAAUGGGCCGUGUGCCGAUUGUCGGCCGGCCAUCCACCGGCAGUAUUUCGUGGUGCCGCAAAAAGAGGGCCGCGAGGGGCGACCGCGGCGCGUUUGAGACGCCGCCCCUGUGGGAAAAUCGCCGCCAGAAAACUGCGACGUAAA